CGUGCCCUCCGCGGGGCAUGAUGGGGGAGUUGGAGAUUUCCAUCAUGGCGGCUUCCAUUUCGGGCUACACCUUCAGCGCUGUGUGUUUCCACAGCGCCAACAGCAACGCCGACCACGAAGGGUUUCUGCUGGGAGAGGUGAGACAAGAGGAAACGUUUAGCAUCAGUGACUCACAAAUUAGCAACACAGAAUUUCUACAAGUAAUUGAAAUCCAUAACCAUCAGCCUUGUUCAAAACUUUUUAGUUUUUAUGACUAUGCAAGCAAAGUUAAUGAAGAGAGUUUGGACAGGAUUCUUAAGGAUCGGAGAAAGAAAGUUAUUGGGUGGUACAGAUUCCGGCGAAACACGCAGCAGCAGAUGUCGUACAGAGAGCAGGUCCUCCAUAAGCAGCUCACCCGCAUUCUGGGGGUGCCUGACCUCGUCUUCCUUCUCUUCAGCUUCAUCUCCACCGCCAACAAUUCCACUCAUGCUUUAGAAUACGUUCUCUUUAGACCAAAUCGAAGGUUUAAUCAAAGGAUAUCCCUUGCUAUUCCCAACCUAGGCAAUACCAGCCAGCAAGAGUAUAAAAUGUCUUCAGUGCCAAAUACUUCUCAGAGUUAUGCCAAAGUUAUUAAAGAGCAUGGUACUGACUUUUUUGACAAGGAUGGAGUAAUGAAAGACAUCAGAGCCAUUUAUCAGGUUUAUAAUGCACUUCAGGAGAAAGUGCAGGCAGUGUGUGCAGAUGUAGAAAAGAGUGAGCGUGUUGUUGAAUCUUGUCAGGCAGAAGUGAACAAAUUAAGAAGACAAAUCACUCAGAGGAAAAAUGAAAAGGAACAAGAAAGAAGAUCGCAGCAGGUGAUGAUAAGCAGACAGGUGCCAACCGAAAGUCUGGAGCCAGUGUUCAGUCCUCGGAUGCCCUAUUCUGGGUUUGCAGCUGAAGGUAGAAGUACACUUGGAGAUGCAGAAGCCUCUGACCCUCCUCCCCCUUAUUCCGAUUUUCACCCAAACAAUCAAGAAAGUACUUUGAGCCAUUCUCGCAUGGAAACUAGUGUCUUUAUGCCUCGACCUCAAGCCGUGGGCUCUUCCAAUUAUGCUUCCAGCAGUGCCGGACUGAAGUACCCUGGGAGUGGAGCAGCCCUCCCUCCUUCCCAAAGAGCAGCUGGAGACAGCGCGGAGGGGUCCGACGACAGUGAUUAUGAAAAUCUGAUCGACCCCGCAGAGCCCACUCACAGCGAAUACUCACAUUCAAGGGAUUCUCGGCCCGUGACACAUCCCGACGGGGGCUCCAGGAACACUCAGACCUCUCAGAUCUAAUGGAAGGAACUCUCCGCUUAGCCCUGUUUUCUUAAUGGCUUAUUGAGAGAGUUUUUUGAGGACUUCUUCUCGGGGGAGAACUGCUUUCUUGGACCCCUGGGCUCCUAGGAGAGUCCUUGGGCACAGAACUUGUAGGGGCCUUGCACCCAUGGGCCUCACCUGCGGACGCGGUGGGCAGGUGUCACGACAAAAUCAUUAAGAUAAUCAAAUUGUCCUAAUUCUGGUGCGAUUCAUGGAUGUACUGGUAAAUUUAGGCAAAGUGAAACUUAAUCAAAGUAGUUUCUGUUCUUUAAAAUAAAUUGGAAAUUAGAGACUAAGCACAAUUAGUCUAUAAAUGUUCUAUAAAUCAAAAACUUACCUCUUGCACUAUCAUGCCUUGAAAUUUACUUUUUCAAAGGGAAACAAGUUUAGGAGCAGCCUUCAAAGAACCUUCUUUCUAUGAUGAGCCAAAUUCAUCUUUGCCAGAAGAGAAAUUUUGAUAAUUCCAAGAAAUCUGAUUGGAACAAAUUGGAUAUACCUUCUCUUGUCUGCAUGACUUUGUGAGAUCAAAAGAGAGGGCUUUGUUUCCACUUUUUUCUACUAGCCUGAUACGUAUUGUCACUUAAAAUGGUUGCCUUUAAACAAAAUGUAGAAUACUAAUUACCAGUAAGUAAUCAUCCAAAUAAGUAUGUCAUAAAAUAAAUUACUUAUUUUUCUUUUGUGGAAUUACAGUGACUGCUAUGUUGCACUAGCCACAUUUAUGGUCUCUGUUCUGGAGUCUUAAAUGAAGGACACACAGCAGCAGGUAACAGAAACCAGUUAUGUUCCAGACCUGCGUUUCAUGACGAAGACUCCAGACACAGUGGAUUUAGCUGAGUUCAGACGUUAAGGGACAUAACUCAUACAGAUCUUCUGACAGAUCCUAGUGUUAGUUUUAUUUGUGGAGGAAAGACAUUUAAUAAGCUGUUUGAGAAUCUUGGUUAAUAAAGAUUCAUUUUACAUCUGAAUAACCAUACUUCUUUUAAGUUGGCAUUUGGAAGAUAAUUGUGGAAUGUGUAGAGACUUCCUGUUGGGAUGCACUUAUAUUUUUAUUUAAUUACUGCUUGUUUUCUAGUUUUGCCCAGAAUGUGUGAAACCACUAAAGACAUUCAUGAGCUUUUUAGGCUCUUGGUUAGGAAAUGACAAAACCCACUGUUUAUGUUGAGGUCAGCCUACGGAGUCAGUGCUUUGAAAAAUCAGGAAGUUGUCAAAGAGGCUUAGAAUCCAGGUUCUGGAAAAGUAGUUUCAUUUUACAGGAGAGUUUACUCACUGAGCUCCAGUUCCGAUGCUAAAUUAGACAGCAUGAUACGGACUGAAAAAUGAGACGCGGAAGCUGCCAUCCUUCCCGACGCGCUCCGUGGGGUCUGUCCUGCUCUCUUCGUCCUGUCGGCCGUACACCACUGCCGUUUGGUCGGAGUGUUGCAGGCCGCUUCAUCUGCAAACGCGUUCCAGUUGUCAGCGACCUACUAACAGCUUCAGCACCAGGAUGGAUUUGAUUUUGUUUUGCGUGCCAUUGCCAUCUCCUCUGUUCAUGUUUUGACAUUCAGGAAUAUAUUUUUAUUUUUAUGCCAUACUGAAACCUACAAUGUAUAUCUGACAAAGCAGUUAAAUGUGACAAUAAAAACUUAUUUAAUCAUGGUACCACUGUUUUCAUGUCUGUCUCAACACCUGACAAGGUCUUGCCUCGUUUCCUUCCUUCGGGCAGUUCUUAACAGACUUCAUACCGUUUUUUUAAAGGGCAUUAAAACUCAUCUCCAUGUAGAUUUUUUUUUUUUUCAGACUGGUUUCAGGGGAAAUCCAAGAACACAGCUUCCUAAAAUGUUACCACUGGUUUCAAAAAGAAUGUGUUGCGUGUCAAGUUACUAAGGGAAUUGAGUAUCAAUGGAGAAUAAAAUGGAAUUUUUCCAAGUUCCCAAAAGACAUCUUUCACAUAAGACCCUCUGAGAUUGAAAGUGAUUCAAGACUGGAAAAGGAGAAUUCGGUGCUCUGAGAGUGCCUUGGGACUCAUGGAAUUGCCUCGGCUCAAGGAUCUGCUGGCGAACGUGUAUUCCAGAUUCUGCGGGAGCUGUUCCCGUUAAGAGACGUGUUCCGAAAGCCAAGGUGGUAUUCUGUUUUCGGCAGGACUUUAAAACUUGGAUCGUAGCCUUUUAAGAUUCUACUCUCCAUCUCUAACUGUUUAGAAGGCUGGAUUCUUUUAACUUAGAAGUCUGGAAGUGCUUAAUUACAUGUUGUAAUUGGUUUUUCUGGAGAAGGAUCAAAACAAAAAUGGAAACCUCAUCCGCAAACAUUCAGACCCUAAGGAUAUGUAUUUUCAAAUUCCAGACACAGUGGGGGGCAGUAACAAUAACUGCUUUAAUAAAAAAGAUUUCAACCCA